UCUCAGACAUUCAGCGUAAAAUUUCAUCCUCUGAUGUCUGACAGUGACUGCAGAGCACAUUUUGUGCUCGGUAUGUGGAGCAGUGAUGUUCAGUUACAGAUUCUCAACUACAAACCACACUACAGACAACCAGCCUUGCUGCCAAACAAGUUGACUGUAGGCAAGUUGCAUAUCAUGGCCUGCAUGGAUGAUGGCCUCAUGACGGCCAGACCUCCCAUGGACAAAACCAACAUGUAUGGCUAUUAUGUGGCAAAGACAGCCUUCCACAAGGAUUUGCUUUAUUUUGAGGUUAAAAUUCAGGAUAAAGAGUUGAGUAGCAAAGAUGAGAAAGCCAUGAUCAGUAUUGGUAUCUGUGAUUCCUACCAAGCUGCGAUUGACUUCCUGGGAGAAAAUGCCUCUGUCGGGUAUCACAACACUGGAGCAAUCCAGGUUGAAGGUGAAAUAGAUAACUCCAAGAAAACUGAGCUGACCUAUGGACCGUCAAGCAUUAUUGGCUGCGGGGUAGACGCUAUUAAGGGGAAAUCACUCCAAUUCAAAGAGGAUGGCAAACUUGCAUCUCAACAGAAACUGCUUGUGUAUUUCACCAAAAAUGGCAAACGGGUCUGUGAGAAGGAGUUGGUCCUACGCUGGGAUGGACUUUUUCCUGCGUUGUGUAUGGUGGUGGAUCAUUCAGCCAAAGUAAUGAACUUCUACCCGGAGACAAAAGCACUAAGACUAAGGCUAGAAAAGGAAGAAGAGGAGCGCAAGAGAAAGGAAAUGGGCAUCAGUGAGCCUGCCCCAGUGGUACAAGCUGUGAGAGAGGUGGACCAUCAGUUUGAAGGCUGUGAGUUUAUCAUUGUGGGUAUGGCCAAGGACAACGUUGAUGUGAGUGGCAAAUCACAGCUGUUACAGGGACAGAUAUCACUGGACACUGACUUCCCAGCCCUCAAAGACGUCACCAAACAUCUGGACGAUGUCCAAUCAGGGAGUUUAAGUGACCUUGACCUUCAAGGUCAGGAGAACUUUUCUCGUCUUUGUGCAGUGAAAGAGAACUUUGAAAACCUGAAGAAGAACAAAUCUCGUCUGCAUUUCCUGACAUCAAACAUCAUUACAGACAAGGGGAGAGCAGACAUUAUAAAACAGGUGGAGAAGACUUUCCUUGGUCACCGAAAGAAAUAUCGUCUACAGCACCAGUUGAGUUCGGACAAUCUUCAAAUUUUGGAAGAAGUCAUUCAAUAUCUCAAGAAGGAAAAGAUGCAAGACAUAUCAGCUGACCUGUUUUCUGCUACUAAACUCUGCACAGAUGUCUUCAUCAGUCUUCUCCAGGUUCUUCAGGGAACGGGGGACCUGUUGAUGCUGAAGCAUGGCUCCAGGAGGAUAGCUGUAGACAUGGAAUUCUGGCUCAGCAUAAUGAGUAGCAUGCAGAAGAUGUCUGGUAUGACGAUGAGUGGUAAGACUGUCACCUGUGUGGGGUCAUCCUGCCAUGUAUGGACAGAGGACGCCUUCAACAAAACAUUCCAGGGAUUGGUGCAAGAGAACAAGUUCACUGCCCUGGUACAUCUGAUGCAAGACUACCUAGGACUGGUGCGACUGCCCUGUUUUAGGACCGUACCAUCAGAUCCAAAGUUUGUGUACACCACGCUGCCUAACCUCGGGGCACCACCAGUAGCUUUGAGAGAGUUUUGGAGUGGUGGUGUUGAGAAAAACAAGAAAAAAUCCAUCUUGAUACAGUGUACUUAUUCCUUCGUCCAUCGAAUACCUGACCACAUCCUGGCUCUUGUUCUGAGCCACAUGACUAAAUAUGGCCGCACGGUGCUGUUGACGUCUGAGGGUGGAGUUUUUCAGCUUGGUGCGGUGGAGACUGUGAUUGUACGACACGAGGGACUGAUGGACCUUGUAAGUGGUGAUGUGGAUCCAAUUCUGGAUAAAGGUGUGCUAUCUCUUGAGUCGAGAUGCUACUUCCCCGAGACUCUCACAGACACGGUGAAUGACCUGACGGAGACCACCGUGAAGGAUUACACCUGGCAGGUGUUCUGUCUCUAUACAGACUGGAUAGAUCUCGUCCUCUUCCAUCAGAAUAUUACACCUGUCAUCUCAAGGAGCGUGCCUAAGGGUCUAGUAAACGUGUCUGUUGGCUGCAGACAUAUCUGGAAAGCAUUUGACUCCAAACAGAUACAGUCAGUAUGUACGCUGUGUAAUAACUGUGUUGAAAACGGUAUUAACUGCCCCUGGAACGGUAUUGUGGGAAGUUAUAUGCGAGAGUGUGGCUGUAAGACCAGUAUCAGUGGCUGUCAUGACUGUGGUAUCUGUGAACGAUGUGCAAAGGUCAUCUGGAGGAUGCGCAGUGUGUUGAGACCGAAUCCAAUGGUGUCCACCAAGGAGGAGUUGCCUCCGGUACCCAUGGAUCCUGUGGCCUACAAUGAAAUCGAGAUUACCAACCUCAGUGGUGUCCCACCCCGCAUCUGUCUACGCGAUGUAAAUGAUGGGUCGUUGGUGCGAGUCUUCCCUGGAAUGGCAACCUUAGUCAUGGAGGAAGAUAAGGAAAAGCUGGAAAAGAAACUUAACAAGCUUGACCUACAGGAGACAAGCCCAAAACACAAGUACAGCAAUAAUGUGAAGGACACGAUCAAACUACGCUUCUCAGACUUACUGGGAGCUGUGCAUUUGGCAGGAGGGGACAUAACUACUUCCGAGGGUGAGAUACAGGAAUCUCGAAUUGUGUACCAUCCCACUAUCUGUCGAGAGCUUCGUAUCCAUCACGAGACGGGGAUCAUCUGCUACGACACCAACUCGCCGUCGAUCCCUGUGGGGCAGUUUGUUGGACCAAGCCCUUUCUCCACGACCUUCACAGAGUUCUCAUUCAAGGUGAUGAACUUGGGUGUGAAAGGGACUAUUGUGAUUGGCAUCUGUCCCAAGACCUACCCCGCGAACAGACAGCCUGGCUGGAACCGUUUCUCCAUCGCCUAUCAUGGCGAUGAUGGCGGUGUUUUUAUUGAGAGUGGCUACCCAAAGCAGUCAACACACAAGAACUUUACGGUUGGAGAUAUUAUCAGGUGCCAUCUUAAUGUCACCGAUCGCAUGCUCUACUUCUACAAAAAUGAGGAGGAGAUUUACAAGACGAAGGUAAACAUACCACGAGAUGGAUACUACCCCUGUAUUGGUAUGCAUUCAUUAGGAGAGUGUGUCAAACUCCUACAGAAGGACCCCUGGCUUCCUAACGAGGCAAAUGCAUCCAUCAAGCCUACCGCUUUUGACACCCACAAGUAUGGCAACCUGUUGAUCAGUCCUGCUCGCACGAUAGCCCUGAAGAAGAUGGGUAGCCGUGGUCAUGUUGGGUGGAUUGUUCUACAUAACCCCACCAAGGACAAAAUUGGCUACAAGAUUGCUGAGGAUUCAACUGCAGUGGACAGGAAGUAUUAUAUUGGAUUACUGGAUCCUGCAGAAACAAAGGCCUUCGAUUUAAAACCAAAUUUUCCUGCUGUCACACAUCAAAUCAUCAACUGGAUUGCUCUGGAAAAGUCAAAGACAUAUACAAAUGAGUUCCUGGAAGAACAAUUCCAAGUGGCUGAUGACAACAUAUACACACACAGAUUGCAGAUGAGAAGUUUAACUGCCUCCACCGACCUUGACAUAGAAGAGUUACCUCUAGUGAAAGAUGACCCAAACCCAAAGACCAAGAGAAAGAUAUGUCUGGAAGUGUACAAAAACCAGACCCUGGUAGAAAAAUACUGGAUCAACAUUGGAUCGUAUCGACUGGAGCUUCCAUCAGUAGACAAGAUUGGCCACUGUUUGGUGAAGUCUCCUAAGUGUCCAAGCUUCCUGUAUCCUCCUGCGCUCCAAAAGGGGAUGAAGAUUGUAGUGAAGGUGGACAAUGACCUUGCCGAGGCUGUCAUUACCGAGAUGUAUGAGGGUGGAGGAUACUGCCUGGACUACAUGCCUGAGGGCAAAAAUGAACUGGAGACAUUGUGCUUUGAGCAAAGUUCUGGUCUUGGUAUCAGUAGCUCUGAGUGGCAGGAUGAUGCCAAUGUUCUGUUACUUAAACUUGAUCCUGCUCGAAUUCAUCUGAACAAAACCUUCAUCCCAGCACCACCGUUUCUCUCCACUUCAGGAAGUGCUAAAGCGUUGCUGUCUCUUGAUCCUGAUUGGACUAUCAAUACUCUUCUUAAGUUUAGUACCUGCAGCCAAGUUCUCACCCGUGUCACAGUACAAGAACAAUUGCUGACAUACCAGUCACGUACACUUGAAGACUGGCUGGAGGGAUACAGCCACAACAACCACGUGGACUCGACAUUUGCCUUCUUACCACGAGAACUGGAUGCCAUGACACUGAUGUUUCCACAUUUUGACUCUAUAUUUGAUUCAGUGGCUGUGCACAGGUUAUGCUUCUCAGCAGACCAGUUGCGCUAUUUCCAGCCCACACACAAGCUUAAGCUGAAUGUUCCAAUCCACUUUGUGGAUAUCCCUGGAUUCAACCCGUCAGAGACCAUCCCAGGAGAUCUUUCAUAUGGCUGUUUGUUCCAAGGCUGGGUCUACAUUGCUCUAUUGGCCCAAUGUCUCCGACUUCCAACAUACAAAAAUAUCUUCCAAGGGGAACUAAAUGGUCUCAAAAGGCCGGAGAUUGAAACUUUGCUGUACCGACUGCUCCAGCCCUAUGCUUCCCUGUGUGGAGUGUAUGCGAGCCAGGUGGGAGGCCUAACAAACCAGGAAAAUCCUGUCAGUGGAUCUGAGAAGAUCACAAAUCUCAUCAAGGGGCAGGAUACCCCAUAUCUAGUAAAAUUCAAAAACGAACCAUUAACUGAUGCCGAGAAGCUUAUUAAAAUCCAAAGAAAUUAUACAUGCAAAGCUCACAACUUAUCCAUCAACGGUAGUGCAUCGACAUAUCCUCCAAACAUGCAGCUGAAGUAUGAAUACUUUGAACCAUACAAUGAACUUGUAAACGCCUUUUCUUGGGAUCUUCCAGAGUUGCCUUCCCUUCCCAAGGACUUCUUUUCCAAGUUCUCAAACUUAGAAUGUUUGUUUUUGGCUCAGUGCAAGCUGGCUGAAAAUCCAGUCAUCCCUUCAGGCAUAGCCAAGUGUACCUCGUUAGAAAAUGUCUCCUUGCGUGGUCUUGGUGUUACCAAGCUCCCAGCAGACCUUCUCCAAGGACCUGCUCUCAAGUCUGUAACCUGUUCCAACAUGGUGGUAAAAGAGAUUAAAUUUGAUUGGCCUGAUAAUAGCCGCCUUACAAAACUGGUUCUAUCCGGAUUGGUUCUUUCAACCUUGCCUCCUGGAAUAUCCAGUAUCAAGUCACUGAAGGAGCUUAUCUUAGACAACAAUGUCCUCACAAGUCUGCCAGACACUCUCAAGGACCUACCCAAGCUGAAGGUCCUGUCCCUCAAAGGGAUUCCAUGGGUGACCUUUGAGGGGGCUAGGACAAAAAUCACAAGACACCAAUAUGAUGGCUGGCUCCAAGAAAACAAAAGUGUUGUCCAUGUCCUGGGAGAAAAGGAAGUGGAGGAUUUCUUCAACAAGUAUGACACCAACAAGAACAGUGAACUUGAUGAACAGGAAAUUGCCCACCUCAAUCUAUACAUGUUCUUCAAAAUCCCACGCUUAAAAAAUGCAUCGGGGAUGGACGAGUUUGGAGGAAUACCCCCAGUUGUGUUUGACCUCGUUAACCUCCAAGAGCUGUAUCUCAACAACCAGGCCAUCACCUUGGUCCCUAAACAGCUGAGCCAGCUACAGAACCUUCAGAUCCUUGAUCUCAGUCACUGCCCCCUGUUGGAGAGUAUUGAGGGGUCUGUCGGCCUAAUCCCCAACCUUAAAUCGAUUCGUCUAACUAGUUGUCCUUCACUUCGGACUCCUCCCAAUGAGGUGGUUAAUAGAGGCUUUGAGUCUGUCAGGGCUUAUCUCAAACGACUCGCAGGAGGCUUCACUGAAUGUCGACGAACCAAGCUCAUGUUUGUGGGUUUAGGAGGAGCAGGAAAAACCAGCUUGCUACAAGCCUUGAUGAGUGUAAACAAAAAGACAACAGGUACUCAGAAUGCCCAGCUGACUGACGGCAUUGAGAUCAAACCCUGGACAGUGAAGAGUGAUGAAGGUUUAGACAUUACCUACAGCACAUGGGACUUUGCUGGUCAGACUGUCUACUACAACACACAUCAGUUUUUCCUGUCUAACCGAGCUGUAUAUAUGCUACUCUGGAACAUGCGUAUGGGGUUUGAACAUGCCGGUCUUGACUUCUGGCUUAGCUCCAUAGCCUGUCAUGCACCCAAGACACCCAUCAUAGUCGUGGGGACCCAGUGUGACCAGGUUCCAAAAGUGGACAUUCCAGAGAAUGACCUGAGGAAGCGCUAUCCUCAGAUCACCACUUUCCACUAUGUCAGUUCCAUCAAAGGCACAGGAAUUGCUGAUCUGGAGAAACAACUGAUAUCUAGUACACUAAACCAGAAGUACAUGGGAGAAAAGAUUCCACAGGUCUGGUUAAAUCUGGAGAAGAAAAUCCUAGCGGAGCGUUCAAAACAUAGCAUCCUGAAGUGGGAGACUGUCAAAAACUUUGCCAUAGAUAAUGGUAUAUUUGAUGACAAAGAUGUGAAGCAGGCUGUGAAAUUCCUUGAUGACUUGGGAACACUACAGUACUUUGACAACGACUUCCUCCGAGACCGUGUUGUUAUCAACCCCCAGUGGAUUGUCAAUGUCAUGGCCUGUGUUGUGUCUGUCAAACAAUCCCUCAUACAGGAACACAAUGGCCGCUUCCUCCAUGACCACAUCGAUCAGAUCUGGAAGGACUAUGAUCAGGAAUUACACAACUGGCUUCUCAGACUGACUGAAGAGUUUGACCUGACUUUUCCUCUCCCUGGUAACCAGCGUACAAACAUUGUUCCUUGUCUUCUACCCCAGGAGGAACCGAAAGAGCUGAAUUGGCCAGACAUGGAUAGGGACAGUGGUAUCAGAGAGAACAAGCUUGUUUACAAGUUCUCUUACCUCCCCGCAGGUCUCUUCAACCGCGCACAGGUGAGACUGUUCCAGUUUUCUGAUGGAAAAAUUAUCUGGAAAAAAGGAUCUAUGCUGAACAAAAACAGACAUUUAGCUUUGAUCCGACAGGAAAAUGACUCGGAGUUGGUAGUUCUGGUACAAGGACCACAGCCAGAAAACAUUCUACUGUUGAUCCAUGAGGUGUUUGAGAGUCUCAUUGAGGAGUCCUUCCAUGGCGUCAUGUACGACUUCUUCAUCCCCUGUCCUGACUGUAUUAGCAAAGAGGGAACGAGAGAGCCAUGUCUGUUUAAAGGGGAGUUAAUCCGACGGGCAGGAGACCUCAAGGCCCCCUUCCUUCAGUGUACAAAGUACUUCCAUACUGUGUCUAUGGGACAGCUGCUUGAGAUGAUGCCUGAGGAACAGGACACAGACUUUGACAUCCACCUCCAGCACAGUAUCAGUGCUCUUCAGAACAUCAACAAGAACAUGGAAAACGACGUUGCUAUUCUCUACUGCAAGGCUGACCUCCCAAAAGAUGACGCCAGCAAGGUGGAUCCUCUCAAGAUCAAAACCUGUCUGGAGGAGUCAGGGUUGUCCUGUUGGUACCCAGACAUGGAAGGCGGUGCCAAACUUAAUGACAUGAUGAUGGCCCUGAAAAACUGCAAGGUUAUAGUGGGUGUCAUGUCUGACGAGUUUGAGCGCGACAAGAUGUGCAGCAAUAUGUUCCAUUAUGCUAUGGAGGGCCUUAAUAAACCAUUCCACAUUGCUUGUGUCGGAGAGAGUAAGGAAUGGCAGAAAACUGACUUAGGCAUGAAGAUAGGACAGCCGAGAAUGGCGAUGAUUCGCACUGCUGAACGCUUCGAUAACAAGAUCAAAGAUCUGUUGGAUAUGGUCAAUGAGACUGUGCAAGGCAUUAACAAUAAUGCCCUGGAACAUCCGGUCUGUUUCCUAAGUUAUACAUGGGUUAACUCCCUUGCGGCUGUGAAGCUGGGAACAAAAGAACGUCCAGGCUCCCUUGGAUGGGGAGACCCUCGCGCCAUCAAGGACUUCCUGGAGAAAAAGGGCAUCAAGUGUUGGAUUGACCAUGAACAAAUGAGCAAGGUUGGCCUGUACCAUGAUAUUGCUGUGGGUCUACAAAACAGUCGUGUGAUGGUGGCUUGUGUGUCUGAUGAGUACGUGAUGUCAGAUGCCUGUAUGAUGGAGAUCCGGUUUGGAGUGUGUACAAUGAACCUGCCUCUCAUUGUUGCUGUAGUAGGUACUGGCCAGAAGUGGAAACAAUCUGAGAUUGGUUUACUGAUGCGCCGAUCACAAAAUGGGGUCAAUAAGGUGUACAUGCAAAAAGAAAACCCUGAGGCGUGGGACACCCUCCUUCAGUACGUGCAGGACGCUCUCAAAGCAUAUGAUCUGAAGAAAGACCAUGCCAUCAGUAAAAAAGAUCCAAAGAAAAAGAAACACAAGAAACCUGAAGAGAACCACCUGUCUUAUAAGGAGGAAUAUGAGUUGAUACAGAGGAAGUUUAUGCGACACAUUACCAGCAUGAUUAGCCAGCUUGAUUUGCCAGUACUUCCUCGGCUUCUGGUGUUUGACUUCCUCAAAGUAUCUGCUAUAAAGAGGACUGAGUCACACACUGAUCCAGAUGGAAAUACACGACCAACCACCUCCAAACGAAGGACAGUCUCAAAGGAGAUGAGUGUUGUCAAGAUGAAGCCAGUGGUAUUGGAUACGGAGGAGGAGGAAUGGGAGGAGGAGGAGAUGUGUAUCAGGGUUCUGUGUGAACACGAGGAGGGAUGGCACUUGCUGGGUAAACCCUUGACCCUCAAAACAAGGACAGAUGAGGAAGUGGAGAACUGCCUGACAUCGGCAGCCCCCUACCUGACCCGUAUCUAUGCCAUUCUACGCCAGAGCUCCAUGAGACUCAACUGUUUAAACAGUAAGACUGGAGAGAAGUUUUCAAACUGGCUUGAUGACAAACGAGAGAUCAUUGAAAAGGAGACCAAGUCCAGUAUAUCCUUCCUUCAGGCCUACAUGACACUGGUCAAGUUUGUGGCUGACCAUGAGGAGUUGGAACCCUUUGUAGAACAGCUGGACAGAUGUCACCUACCAAGUGGUAAAAUUUCCUGGUUGUGUGGAACCCAUCAAAAAGGAAACCGCAUCACCAAGCUGGCUUCAGGAGAGGGAAGUAAGGGUGGUGGAGGUAAGAACGCCUUGUUUAGAGAGGAUGUGCUGUUUAAAGAACUUCUGGACAACGACCCACAGUACAGGAAAAUGGUUCUGGAAUUGAACAUGAAGGUGACUCGGGAAAAGACUAUGAUGAUGGAGAGAGAAAAAACUACAAUCAACAAGGAUGAUAAGGAGAAGAAAGAAAAGGAAAUCAAAGACAAGAACAGCAAAGAAAAUGGAGGAGUCAAAUCUGAUCGCCCCAACUCAUCCUCCAAAAGUAAAGGAAGCGGGCAGACUUCUACUCCAGCAUCACCUAGUUCCAGUGAAGCUUCCCUCAACAGUCGUAAGUUGAAAGCUGCAGGGAAUGCCGCCAAACUUUCAAAGAGAGCCAGCACUAAAGGUAGACCAGACAGUCGAGCCUGUUCCAUUCAGUAAAGACGUCAGACAGUCGAGCCUGUUCCAUUCAGUAAAGACGUCGGACAGCCAAGCAUGUUCCAUUCAGUAAAGACGUCGGACAGCCAAGCAUGUUCCAUUCAGUAAAGAUGUCGGACAGCCAAGCAUGUUCCAUUCAGUAAAGAUGUCAAAUCAGAUCCAUGUUUACUUAAUGAACCUUAGCACCAAUAAGCCCCUUCUACGAAAUAGGCCCCCUUUCCCCUUUUUUGCCAAUCUGGUAGGCAUGUUGGGGGAGGGGAUGUAGGGGUUUGUUAGCAAAUUAAGCCCCAUUUUUUUCAAAAUAUGUAAAUUAUAAUUGUCUUAUUUGCAGUAAUUUAUUACUAAGACUAUGUAGUUGCCAUAUCGUGCAUGUACUAAUAUGUCAUAAAUGUACUGCAAAGUACUGUUUCAGUGUAAUAUACAUGUACAUGUAUUUUAAUGCUGUUAAUGUAUUAAAAACUGAUUAUUAUAUUAGCAAAUGAUUUAUAAAUGUAUACAAUAUAAAAACCAAAAUAGAUAGAUAUAUACUAAUACAAUAGUUAUAUUAGUUAAAAUGUAAAAUAAUGUAGCAUUUUUAAAUAUAUAGAUAUACAUGUACAAAUGUACACAUUACACAAUUUACGUUUUAUUUUUUAAAUUGAUUCAUACAAACGUUUUCUGUGAUAUUUUUAAGUUUGUGUGUAUGUACAAAGUUAUCUACUUAAAACAAUUUUUUUUUCAUUUUGAUAGGUGGCAUUUCUCUAAGUGAUGAUGAUGAUACUGUACACAUUGUAGAUAAUAUAUAUUAUACAUUUUAUUAUAAUUAUGUAAAUACAUUUCUUAUUAUUUCAUGUUUAUGUACAUACAUUUUCUAGCCAAUAUACAAACUGCAUUUUCUGCUAUGGUACGUCAUUUAUAUUUUGUUACUGAUAUUUACACAAAAUAACAAUAGUAAAUAUAUUUGAAGCUAUUUCUUUAUUAAUUUGUCAUGCCUUACUUUUGUGAUUUUAUUCUAUUUACCAUCAAAUGUAUUACCAAGGUUAUCAUUUACAUUUCCAAUAGGAAUUAAUGUUUCCACAGAACCAGAUUGUUCCACUGGCUAUUCAUAAGUGCUUUUAACUUUUCGAAAAUUGAAUGAUUUUGUUGCCUUCAGGGUAAAUGUCAAGUUAGACUUAGUUGAUUUGGUGAAUUUCUGUUUAUUUUGUGGAUGAUAAGAAAGUUAGAUUCUCUAGAACUGACCAGUGUACCAGUGUUAGAGGUGAAGUGUUUUAUGUAAAUCUAAACUUGACCUGAAGACAAGGUCACAGACAACUCAGCUUACUGUCUGACAAUCACAGCAAUGCUAUGUUUUUAAUUUUUUUGAUGAUUUAGAUCAUGUUUGUAUGUCCAACACAUGACAAAUUAUUCCAUGUAUUUCAUAUUGUACCUCAGUUAAGAUGAUAGUGUCUGGCAUUCCUUUUGUUUUUCUAUCUAUAUACUGACGUAUUUCGUUUUGUUUUCUAUUUGUCUUUGUUUACAUACUCCAGAGUGCAAUGUCUACAUAUUGUUUAUUUUGUAUUAUUUAUUAGUUCUAUGUUAAUAUAAUGCAUUAUCUUCCAUGUCUACACUUAACCAAGGUUAAAUAAAACUAAUCAGGCGUUUAUAGCCAAUAUGAAUGACACAUCUUUGGAGGCAAUUCAUACAACCACCAUCCCCUUGGACACAACAAACACAUUAUUAUUAUCCUGUGGCAUUUACUGUUUGAUUUCCGUCCAUGAUCAGUGAAGUUAAUACCGUCCAUGAUAAGUGAAGUUAAUACCGUCCAUGAUAAGUGAAGUUAAUACCGUCCAUGAUCAGUGAAGUUAAUACCGUCCAUGAUAAGUGAAGUUAAUACCGUCCAUGAUAGGGGAAGUUAAUACCGUCCAUGAUCAGUGAAGUUAAUACCGUCCAUGAUAAAUGAAGUUAAUACCGUCCAUGAUCAGUGAAGUUAAUACCGUCCAUCAUCAGUGAAGUUAAUACCGUCCAUGAUCAGUGAAGUUAAUACCGUCCAUGAUCAGUGAAGUAAAUACCGUCCAUGAUAAGUGAAGUUAAUACCGUCCAUGAUCAGUGAAGUUAAUACCGUCCAUCAUCAGUGAAGUUAAUACCGUCCAUCAUCAGUGAAGUUAACACCGUCCAGAUUUUAGUAUUAUGUUCUAAGUUUAAUUGUGUAAUAUACAGAUAUAUUCCUGAUAUUUGGUGAUAGGGCUGUAUAUGGUAUUUAUAAAAUCAGUGUCCAGUAAAAGUACAACAUAUCUGCUCAAAUAUUUAACAUUUUCAAAAUACACUGUAAUUGUUUCAGCAUACCUAAUCAGUUUAAGAUAAUUAUACAAUUUUCGCCAGACCCUCCUGUUUGUUCUGUAUCAAUAACAUAAUUAUGUCUAGAUAUUCAGUACAUUGCUCUCCCCUUCAGAGUUUACUGUGUGGGAGAAGCUACAUCGUAGAUAGGGUCGUGAGUUUUUCUGAUUUUUUAACAAAUCGUGUUUAUUCAUGCAUGAUGAUUACUCAAUGAAAUACUUGUGUAAAUAGUGAGAUGGUGACGUGUGUAAAUAGUGAGAUGGUGACGUGCAAUAUGGUGGAUUCUUUUCUGCAAUUUGGUCGUUCCACCGUCUAUUAGUCAGAAUGAUUCGGACUGUGUAUUUAAUAUACUGCUAGGGGCGGAUAAUCAUCUAUCCACGUCGUCCACAAGUAUAUCAAAGCAGAUAAAUAGAAUAAUUCGGACUACCAUCUAUCAGCUACAUGUAGUACAUUUGUAUUACAAUGUACAAAUCUGUCUGGUUACUGAAAUGACAGAAGUUAUCAGUAUCCUGGUAACACCAAUAUCAAUACAGCGAAUAUGUUUCUUAUUGCCGUAGUCACCUUAUUACAUCAACGAUGGUAGUAGUCUGUAACCUACACUAAUAAACAUUUACAAAUGAUGAUCACAACACGUUUUUAUUUUGUGGAAAUUGACGUUAGGCACUGGUUGUAUGUAGAAAAGUGAAUUCACUAUAGAGAUCAAGAAUACAUACGAUGGUGUAUAGAGAAUGAACGUUAAUUUGAUGAUUAGAAUUGUUUUAUUUAUGGUGUCUUUCUUGUCUUUUAAACAUUUUUUAAUUUGUGUUUCACAUAUUAUGUAUAAACUAGACUAGCGAUAUUUUCCUUUAUAUUUGACAACAUUAUAUUGCUAUCAGUGUCCCAUACUAAGUGAUAAUAUGGCUAUUUCUCAUAUUUACAGUUUACUACUUAAAUUAUUUGCUCAAUGUAUCCCAUUACAUUCCAUACCUCAAUAUCUACAUCUUCAUUUUACAUCCUAAUUGUGGUAUUUACCUAUAGAUAUUUCUACAAAUGUACAGGGUAACCAUAUUUUAUAUCUUAAUAUUUAUGAUUUCUUAUAGUCGCACAGUCAUGUAACCAUGGAGAUAUGUAACCAUGGAGAUAUGUAACCUUGGAGACUGAUUGAUACUAAUAUGAGUAUCACAUGAUUAUUAUGGCACCAAAAUCAUUUCCAGUGAUAGAAUGUGAUAUACAUGUGUAGCAACAUUUAUUUAUUUUCUAAAUGUACCUUAUGAAUUUACAGUUGUUUUUUCUAAAAUAUUCACUACAAUUAAUUAUGAGAUAUUUAUUUUUUCAAUAGAAUAAACUAAACUACAUAAAUAUAGUUACUGUUUGUUAAAUCUGUAGUCACCAAUUGGUUGUACAUUUAGUGUGAAGUACAAACCUACGGCUGUGUUUUAGUAGUUUGUAAAAUCUCCCCAAUACAUGUAGUUCUGGAUAAGAUGUUUCCGAUUUUCCUGGUUGUAUGGAAAUUAUUGUAAUAGCUGCAUUCGUUACAAAUUGUAGUAGUACUGCUGAUAAUAUACAUAUGCUGAAGUUUUAUACAUGUACUGUGUUAACGAAAGCCUUCCACAGGUUUAAAGAUUUUUUUAACAUUUCAUGACUGAGACAAUAAAGUCAGGUUAUGUAUGGGAUAAUGAAGUAUAGUUAUAUAUCUUACCUUUAACAGGGGCCCCCACGGGGAUGAAUUCUACAGCAUACAGGGGCCCCCACGGGAAUGACUUCUAAAGCAUACGUUAGUUUGGAGUUAAAGACACUGAUGAGUUUCUGCUGUUAUUUCCAUCCCUAAUUGAUAGUGAUUAUCACACACCGAAGUUAUCCAUGUUCUCUCAAUAACCAAUUGGGUUCUGUAUGUGUUAAUGCACGUUUUAAAAUAUUUUUUCAUUACUUCGUUUUCUAUCCAUUUUGAUAACAUUUUCAAUGAUUUGUCCAGUUUUUCAGUUAAUUGAGCCACCCCAACCCCUUGUACAAAUUUGUCGUAUUUUUACACGUUAGAUAAAUCUUUAUAAUUUACUGUGACAACAGGCUUUUCCCCUACGACAAACUUGAAUAUUAACGUCAUUGCAAUAAAAGGAUGUUAUGUUUUAUUUCAGUAAAGUAACUUCUUGUUAAAAAUAUAACUGAUAACCCUAGUUAUGCUUUUGCUUUAUAUCAAAUUUGGUGGGAAAAGGAUGAAAAGUAUCGAGUCCCUAAGAUUUGUUUCAGGCCAUCUAUUCACAGACUUCUCACAGGUAAAUACAGUGUAGUUUUAUUGACACGUCAUCGAAAAUGUUUCUUGUAUAUCAGACCUGUUCUAAAAAAAUGGGGAAAAAAUGUAUCAAAUAUACAUACUGUAUAGGAAUUAAAUUAUUAGAUGUUAACUUUUUUUUUUCUCUAAAAUAGUACCAUUUUAAAAAUUGAUAUUAACAGCAAGCCAUCUUAAUCAGCGUUUGGACAAUGGGGUACCCGAUCUUUUGUAUUGUUAACGAGUGUACUUCAUUAAUAUCAGGCCGAUACCAGUGAAUAUAUGUUAUAUUGUAACCAUAGCAACAUAUCAUCGACUUUGUGAUUAUAGAUUGUCAUCAUGUUAUCGACCGUCUGUAUCUAUAUAUAAAGGAUCCAGUCAUCAUGUGGAUCUAUUAUAUAGGAUAUUGAAGUUUAAUUAAAAAAUCAUUCUCUUUCCA